AUGAGCACACCUGUCAACAAUGAAUCCAGCCCAACUUCCAGUGAAUCCACUACAGCCAACACUGGAUCCAGUGCAACCUCCAGUGGGACUAGGACAGCCUCCAACACUGCAUCUAGCAUGACUUAUGGUGGUACUAGCACAGCCACCAACUCUGGAUCCCAAGUGACCUCCAGUGGAUCCAGCACAACCUCCAAUACUGAAUCCCGCAUGACCUCUGGAGGGUCCAGCACAACCUCCGAUACUGAAUCCAGCAUGACCUCCAAUACUGAAUCCAGCACAACCUCCAAUACUGAAUCCAGCAUGACCUCUGGAGGGUCCAGCACAAUCUCCGAUACUGAAUCCAGCAUGACCUCCAAUACUGAAUCCAGCAUGACCUCUGGAGGGUCCAGCACAACCUCCGAUACUGAAUCCAGCAUGACCUCCAAUACUGAAUCCAGCAUGACCUCCGAUACUGAAUCCAGCAUGACCUCCAAUACUGAAUCCAGCACAACCUCCGAUACUGAAUCCAGCAUGACCUCUGGAGGGUCCAGCACAAUCUCCGAUACUGAAUCCAGCAUGACCUCCAAUACUGAAUCCAGCAUGACCUCUGGAGGGUCCAGCACAACCUCCGAUACUGAAUCCAGCAUGACCUCCAAUACUGAAUCCAGCAUGACCUCUGAUACUGAAUCUAGCAUGACCUCCGAUACUGAAUCCAGCAUGAACUCUGGAGGGUCCAGCACAGUCUCUGGAGUGUCCAGCACAACCCUCAAUGCUGGAUCCAGCGUGCCCUCUGGAGGGACCAGCACAAUCUCCAGUACUGGAUCCAGUAUGACCUCUGGAGGGACCAGCACACCUAUCAACACUGGAUCCAGCACAAUCUCCAAUGGGAACAACACAGCCUCCAACACUGGAUCCAGUGCAACCACAGGAGACUCUGGUACAUCUUUUCCAACUGGAACACACACAACUUCCAAUAGAAUUAGCACAAGUUCUGGAACUCCAGUGAAUGAAGUGAAGCCCAGUGGGUCCCUGAAGCCAUGGGAAAUCUUCCUCAUCACUCUGGUCUCGGUUGUAGUGGCCGUGGGAUUCUUUGUUGGGCUCUUCUUCUGUGUGAGAAACUCUCUGUCCCUGAGAAAUGUCAUUGACACAGCUGUCUACCGCCCCCAUGGCCCCAACCUUGGCCCAGGCCCUGGAGGGAAUCACGGAGUUCACCACAGGCCUAGGUGGAGCCCUAACGGGUUCUGGAGGAGACCAGUAUCCUCAGUAGCCAUGGAGAUGAGAGAGAGCCACAAUGGGCUCUGA